GUGCGGCGCAGGUCGCGGUGCCGGGGCGCGCCACAACCAUGGGCGCCCCUGUCACCGGCGGCCACCCUCACUCGCACGCCACCCCGCCCUAGCAACUCUCCGACCGCGCGCUCUCUCGCUCGCACCUAAGCCCGCUGGAGGCGGCCAUGCAGCUCGCGCCCCUGGCCUCCGGGGAGGAGGAGAAGGGGGGCGGAGGCGCGGGGGGCGAGGCGGCGGCCGACGGCGAGGUGGCCUCGUGCAAGGGGCUGCUGAGCGCCGGCCCCACCCCCGACCCCACCCCCAGCCACAACAACAAGCAGGCCACGCCGACCCCCAGCAUGACCCUGCUGGCCGCCGCCGGGGGCACCUCCCUCGCCUCCGACCUGCCCGAGCGCGAGACCUGGGACAAGAAGGUCGAGUUCCUGCUCGCGGUCAUCGGCUUCGCCGUCGACCUCGGCAACGUCUGGCGCUUCCCCUACAUCUGCUACCAAAACGGUGGAGGCGCCUUCCUCAUCCCGUACUGCCUGAUGCUGGUGUUCGGCGGGUUGCCGCUCUUCUACAUGGAACUGGCGCUCGGGCAAUUCCACCGCAGCGGCUGCCUCACCAUUUGGCGCCGCAUUUGUCCUGCACUCAAAGGGGUGGGGUACGCGAUCUGCCUGAUCGACGUGUACAUGGGCAUGUACUACAACACGAUCAUCGGCUGGGCCGUCUAUUACCUGUUCGCGUCGUUCCGCGCCGAGCUGCCGUGGACGAGCUGCGGAAACUCGUGGAACACGGACAACUGCGUGCCCGUCCUCAACGUGUCCGCCCAGCACGCCAACUCCACCAGCCCGGCCCAGGAGUUCUUCACGCGGAGUGUUUUGGAACAACACCUGUCCGACGGGCUGGACCACAUGGGGCCGAUCAAACUUUCGCUGGCCCUGUGCGUGCUCGCCGUCUUCAUCCUCGUCUACUUCUCGCUGUGGAAGGGCGUCCGCAGCACCGGCAAGGCGGUGUGGAUCACGGCGCUGAUGCCGUACGUGGUGUUGUUCAUUUUGCUGGGGCGCGGCGUGACCCUGCCCGGCGCCGACGAGGGCAUCAGGUACUACCUCACCCCCCAGUGGCACAAACUGCGCAACUCCAAGGUGUGGAUCGACGCCGCCUCGCAAAUCUUCUUCUCGCUCGGCCCCGGCUUCGGCACCCUCCUCGCCCUCUCCAGCUACAACAAGUUCCACAACAACUGCUACAGGGACGCGAUCCUGACGAGCAGCGUCAACUGCCUCACCAGCUUCCUCGCCGGCUUCGUCAUCUUCUCCGUGCUCGGCUACAUGGCCCACGUGCAGAACAAGAACAUCGAGGACGUCGGCCUUGAAGGGCCAGGCCUAGUUUUCAUCGUGUACCCGGAGGCGAUCGCCACCAUGUCUGGCUCCGUCUUCUGGUCCAUAAUUUUCUUCAUCAUGCUGAUCACGCUGGGGCUGGACAGCACGUUCGGGGGUUUGGAGGCGAUGAUCACGGCCCUGUGCGACGAGUACCCCAGGGCGCUCGGCAGGCACAGGGAGAAGUUCGUCGCCGGCCUCCUCGUCUUCAUCUACAUCUGCUCCCUGCCCACCUGCACUUACGGCGGCGAGUACCUGGUGAACCUUUUGAACAUCUACGGUCCAGGCAUUUCGAUCCUGUUCGUGGUGUUCGUGGAGGCGGUGGGCGUUUGCUGGUUUUACGGCGUCAACCGUUUUUCCUCCGACAUCGAGAUGAUGAUUGGAAUCCGGCCGGGCUUGUUCUGGCGCCUCUGCUGGAACUGCAUCAGCCCCGUCUUCAUCCUGGCCAUUUUCAUUUUCUCGCUGGUGGGCUACGAAGACCUGAAGAGCGGCGACUACGAGUACCCGCCGUGGUCCAUCACCGUCGGCUGGAUCCUCACCUCCUCCUCCCUCGUCUGCAUCCCCGGCUACAUCCUCUACUUCUUGAUCAAAACGCCCGGAACAUUCAUGGAGCGUCUGCACAAAGCGAUCACGCCGCAGCAGGACGCGGUGGAGCAAAACGCCAACUCGACUUACGGCACGCACGUGUGACUUGCUGGGCCGAAACUCAAUUCCUUCGGCGAGUGGCUCGUCUGAAUUUUCCCCUUUGGUGUUGAUUUUCGCAUAAAUUCUAUGACAAAAAUGUGUUGCUUUGUUUUGUCUCCCGGAAAAGGGAUUCGACGUCAUGCUGUCAUGACAAUACAAGAUUCGAACGGGCUCGAAUUAAAAAAAAAAUAUGUUUCGGUGUGAAAAAAAAAGAAAGCCAUAGUUUGCGGAAUUCGUGUUCACAUAAAAUUUGUAAUAUGCUCGGCUAGCGUGAGGGUCUCACUUGUUGUUGUUGUUUGUCUGAGAUUAAUCGAUAAAAAUCUUCCCCGUCGAGUUUUGUGACAAUAAAUUUCACGCGUCGAACCGAUAAUUACACUUUUUCUCUCUCCAGAGAGGGCAUUUGUAUCGAUCUCGUUCCAAUUAAUCACUCAAAAGUGCGUGUCUUUGUGUGACCGAAAAAUACUCGUCAUAAUUAAGUCGUCGUGCGCGUCGCUUUUCGUCUGUAGAGACUGUGAGGAGGUGCUCAAUCUGCAAGCAAGAGUCUUUUCGUUGCCGAUAUCUCGCUUGCUGUGACCAAAAAGUGUCCCAAACGAACACUCAAAACCUGCAACUUAAAUUAUAAUACUAAUCGGUGUGUGUAGCUAGGCAAUAAAAGUCUCUCAGUAAUGCUUAAAUUAGCUUUAAAACCAGAGGAAGAUGUCGAAAUGCGCGGUCGCUAUGCAGUUCUUUCACGGAAUGUAAAUGUCUAUGCUUGACACGCACACACUCGUCUGUACUUAUAUACCCUUUAAAUGUGUUUGCGUUGUAAUUAAUUAAGUGUUCGUAUCAAUAAAAAAAAAUUCAGGUGCCUGUUUCGCCCUAUCGCAGCCAAAUAGGGCGAAGCACAGAACGAAGACAAAUAAUUACAUAUAUUUAAAAUUAAUACAACAAAAAAAUGCAUCGUUCGCGCCGCCUCUCAGCCGCGAGCGCGCGCCAACUUUGCAUUCUUGCUGACAAUAUGUUUCUAAUCGUAAUAUAAAUAUAUAUUUAAUGUUACUCGAAAUUGAUGUGUAUUAAAACGAA